AUGGCACAGCCUAGUUCCCUCGAUGGUGCGCUCCCGGUCUUGCAGGAAGCCUCUCCACGAUUGACUCGCGCCGAAGUUGCGAAACACUGCACAGCGGACGAUUGUUGGUUGAUAGUGAACGGGCGAGUUUAUGACGUCACCGGGUUUCUUGAUGAACAUCCUGCUGGUAGGAGCAUCGUCCUCCUGCAUGGCGGUAAGGACUGCACCAAAGAGUUUCUGCAGGUUCACAGUGAGGACUACAUCUUGGCAUUUGCUCCCAACUCCUUUGUGGGCUGCCUUGAAGGGUCCGGCGCGCAGCCGCCAAAGAGACUCGCCCGUGCGGGCCCAGUGCAUUUCAACAGCAGCAAGGUCUUGGCACUCAAGCGCACCGUGUAUGGUGAUGAGCAUGAGAUUUACCGAGCGUCCUUCCGGGCCUUCCUGAAGAGGCAUGUGCUGCCUCGGUAUGCGAGCUUCGAAGCGAAAGGACUGGUUGAUCGAAAUGUAUAUGAGAUGAUGGCCCGUGAGGGCUUCUAUCUCACUCUUGGUAUUCCAAAGUCUUGUGGAGGCCUUGGCCUUGAUUGGAGGCAUAACUGCGUGGUUGUUGAGGAAGUCGAAGACGUCGGAUGUGGAGGCCUUUUCGUGAAUCUCGGCAAUGACAUGGUCUUAUCCUACUUUACCGAGAGCUGCACUGAAGAGCAGCGUGCCCGCUGGCUGCCGAAGCUGCGACGCGGAGCUGUCCUCGCCGUAGCAAUGUCAGAGCCAGAGGUUGGCAGCGACCUGGGGCAACUUUCCUGCCGUGCGGCGGCUUUGCCGGAUGGCGGUUGGAUCGUGAACGGCAGGAAGAUGUGGAUUUCCAGCGGUGCUUUGGCGGAGUUGACUGUAGUGGCAUGUGUCACGGAUCCGAGCAAAGGGGCCAAGGGCAUCUCCAUGCUCGUGAUCGAGUCUGAUAUGCCGGGCUUCAGCUGCGCGAAACGCUUCGGCAAGCUGGGCAAGCAUGCAAGCGAUACAUGCCUGAUCACGCUAGAAGAUGUGAAAGUUCCACGAGAAAACCUUGUGGGAGAGGAGGGGAAAGGCUUCCAGUACAUGAUGCACCACUUGCCGCGGGAGAGGUUAUCCAUCGCGGUGGCAAGCAUGGCUGCGGCACGCCGUGCCUUGGCCCUCACAGUGAACUACGUGAACGGGCGUGCUGCCUUCGGGUCCGUCCUUGGCAGCCUCCAGGCUUUGCAGCAGGAGCUUGCGCAGAUUCGGACAGAGGUUCAGGUGGGCACCGCCUUCGUCGACCGCUGCAUCGCUGAUGCCUGUGACAAGCAGCUCACUGCCGAGGGUGCCUCGAUGGCCAAGUAUUUUGCCACAGACCUCAGCUUCCGUGUGGCUGACCGAUGCCAGCAAAUGUUUGGAGGAUAUGGCUACCUGAAGAACUCUCCCAUUGGCAAAAUCAUGACGGACCAAAGAGUCACAAGAAUCUAUGGCGGUGCAAAUGAAGUGCAGCUGGAGAUUAUCGCAAAGGGAGGCUUGCCACGAGCACCUGUGAAGUUUGUUUGGCUUUUUGACGCUGCUUCGCUGGCAGGCAUCCGGGUGGUGAUGGUUCACCUGCAGGCACAGCAUGGCAGGCAGACGGUGCUUGACCCCGCAGCCUGCCCAGAAGGAUCCAGCUAUCCGACGAUCGCAGCACUGGGGCAGCUGCCGGCCGCUUUGUCAGCUGAUUAUGGCGUUGUUGCUCGUAAGGACCUGAGACGCUUCCUGGCCAGCUUGGAUCCGCAUGGAUAUGGUGCCCCGCUGUCAGCGGAUGACGAAGCCUUCCUGCACCUGCUAGACCGCGUUGGCGACCUGAUCGCUGCGCUGCUGUACCAAGACCAGGGAAUUUGGGAGACGCACACACGACCGACAUUGGUCUGCUCCGCACCUCUCGGUUUCGGCACGGUCACGGCCUUCACAGAGCGCCGGCGGCAGUUGAAGCAGCUCCAGGAGGACGGGCAUCACAUCAAGCUGAUCCUGGCGGAGCUGCGAGCCGCCCUGGAGGCAGCAAGAGGGGGCCGUUUCACGGAGUUCGAGGGGGUGAGCGGAAAACUGCUGAUGAUUUCUCUUCGGAAGACAGGCCGUCUCUCGCAGUCUGUGACAAGGCAUGGCGAGGCACUUCACAAUCUGGUUGACCGAGGUGCUGGCAGCUACGAGCGCAUUGGAAGCCAGAGAAUUGCUGGAACAGGCUGCUUGGCCGCAGCUGCAACCUUCUCUGCAUUGAAAGAGCGUGGAGAGGAGAAGCUGGAUGCCAUCGUCAGCUCCACACUGCAGCGUGCUCUGCAAACUGCGGAGCUGAGUAUGGUGCCUUUAAAGGCAGACAAUGCCCCUUUAAUAGCCUUGGACCAAAUGGUCGAAAUUCAGUGUGACGACAUUUGGAAUGAGUCUCGAUGGGAAGAUGACGUGCGACGAGAUUGGCCAUCAUGGAAUGUUGAGUUUGCUUCCAGUGAAUCGGCCCAUCCGGUACGUCUGUUGGACACAGCAGAGUCGCUCAUUAGGCGUGCUGAAUAUGUCUGGAACUUCCUGAUGCAAUUACCAGGGUCUGUGAUCGGUGUGGCCUCUCACGGCUGUUUCUUGUUCUUCCUUUCGAGGCGUAUUGCGGCUUCUAAGGGUCAACGCAUGCCACCGUUCAAGCACGACAGAUGGCAGAACGGUGAGAUUCGUCGCUACGUUCUACCGCCUACUGAUGGUAUGGCCAUGGCCUGGACAGAGUUUGGUGGCCUACUCGACAUCUCGGACUUUGACUUCUACAAUAGAUAUCACCGACGUGCGGCCUUCGUGAAUGCUGCUCGAUUGCGCGGCCUCAGCGCAGAGGUCUGGUGGCUUGCCACGGAGUGGCGCUGGGCGCGGUGUGAUUCUGAGAUAGAGGCAGAACUGGAGGCCCAGGCCGGCACCGCGUUCUCUCUUCCAUCCUUUCUAAACGCGGAGGCCAUUGCCAAGCACCUUGUGGUCUUAUUCAGCAUCCCCUGUGAUCCAGAAUCUUGUCUGCAGCGACUGUUUUGCGACUUUCCAUCCUUGUCACGAUAUGUUGGCCUUGUUGAAGAGAGGAUGCCUGGCACUUGGCCAGACUAUUCGACCUUCAUGUUGGCCUUGUGUCCUGAAGAUCGGCCGCCGCCACCGCCCCGAGCUCAGGGAAGCGUGCUGGCGGCCCCAGAACUGGCUACUCGCAGGCCCGACUGGUGGGAGCUCUGGGGCUGGUCCUGGGGUGGCCGCAAACGUCCUGUGCAGUUCGGUGGGCCAGGAAAGGCACCACCGGCUAUCUAUGCCAUCAGCUUUGGGAUCGCUGCGGCCUUGGUGAGGACAAUUUUCUAA